CUUCAUCGCGGCUCUCACUUUUCCAAUCAUUCAUGAAGCUUAGUUCGAAAGCUCAAAAUACCUCCACAUGAUCUCUUAGUGCCAACACUAUUUUCUUUCACAAAUGGAAAAAAUGUCAGAAUUUCCGAGAGAGGGUCGGCCAAGUCUCUUGCGAGCAAGGACAUCUGAGGAGCAAGUCUACGCAGACCGAAUUUACCUCAAAUCCCAGAAAUAUAGCGGAAACUCGUUUUACACUUUCAGCACUCUAGGUCCGCUAUCGUCUUUCUUGGGGUCGCCAUAUCACCCAUUCGGGGAAGACCAAAAAUCUGCCGAACACUGUGAAAACACAUCCAACGGCGAUGCAUUCGUCCACUUGCGUACUUACGUCCCCGGGGCUGGCAGUCCUAUCCGGAACGAUGUGAGAACUUUGGAAGAGCUUGAAUCGUCCCUAGAUCAAGUCAAUUCUUGUCGUGUUGGUGGCACUGUUGUGUUUCUAAGGGGCUACCAGCCGGCACGAUGGCUGAAUGUCAUUGGGCACAAGCUUUCUCUCGAGCCAGAGUUUUACCGUCGACAUCUUCACUUCUCCGCCGCUAGCCCCUUCUCUCAGGAACGACAGUACUCAGAUGCGUCUUUGCCGUCAUCCAAGACUCAUAUGAUGCAGCUGAAACUUACAACGCUGGGCACACGGUUCGCCCCCGACAAUAUGAAACGGUCAGAGCAGGAAGAGCAGAAAAUGCUUUCUAGGCUACGGGAGCAAGUCUCCAGUCUUAUGAAGAAAUACAUCAAGGGUUGGGAUGAAUAUGGCUCAGAACUUGGGCAUGGAAUGUCAAUGGCUAGAAACUUCUUUGUGCUUGAUCGCCAGCAUGUAUCACUUGAACAGACAAUAUCGAUAUGUGUGACCGAGAGACCACACAAUUCUAAACAUUGGACAGUAUCUGACUCCAGGACAGCGGUUGUUUGGUUGGAUUUUGGGAGCGGAUUUGGUCCUGCGGAUGCAGGUCCCUGGAACUCCAAGGUUCUGGACUAUGCCGGCUGUCACGUAGAAUAUUGGGCCACGACACAACAUCGACCUGGUAUAUACUUUGCCGACGAGAAGACUAUGGGAGGCUCGAAUUCAUGCUAUCAGGCAAAAGAUGAUGAUGAAAGAUCCGUAUCACAGCCAGCAACCUUCAAAUUACUGCACGAGGCUUUCGACACACUUCUUGAUAGUGAGGCAAUGGUGGAGGAUACUUAUUACAGUCUGAGCGAAAUUUUCAGGUUUUCGGUGGCUUCCGAGGCACAGUUUCUAGACAAGUUGCAGCAUCUUCUCGAGGAAGAUAUGCAGCCCGCCGUAUUGGCCGAAACAAAUUCUGACAAGAGGAUGACGAUGUGGAAUCUGGUACACAACAAACAGAUUCUCGAUCGACACGUACAGAAUCUAGAAGAAAUAUGCGAGUUUUUGGAGGCAAAAGACAGCAACAAUUGGUCCACAGCUAGAUCAGAGGGUGGUCUAAAGAAAGCCUGCAUGGCUAAUCGACUGAUUGAACGCGACUACCAGAAGAUGAGACGCCGAGCUAUCAAGCUUAGUGAGGACUACUGGCAAAGCACAACCAUGCUUGCGAAUGCGGCUAUGAUUGAUGAUUCCCAGAGAACCAUCUCCCAGGGAGAAAUUGUGCGAAAGUUGUCGACUCUUGGUUUCUUUUUUCUGCCACUAACAUUCUCAACGUCAAUAUUUGGCAUGAAUCUGCAGGAAUUGAAUGAAGGUAGUCAUUCAAAACUUGGGGUCUGGUUGGGAAUUGCUGCGGCAUCUCUCUUACUUGCCUACUUGGUGCUUCGAUGGUCCUCCCAUCGACAGAGGGUGCUUGGAGCAUGGCGAAAGCUAAGAACGGUCCAGCACAGCCCGAGCACCGUCUGACAGGAGUACGAGGAG